UGGCAACGACCUUCUGCCAACAAAUAGCUAGAGGUUUCGGUCCAGCAGUUCUUGCGCUGCACACGCAACAUAACUGUGCUGUAGCGUUGUUCAGUUACGAUGAAACCAUCCAAAAUGAUCGGCGGCGAUUAUUCUCUAGAGCUGAACAAUAUUUUCCACACGGGCCAAGUGGAACCUGCCUCAUGUUUCCAAAGAUUGUUUGGGUCCGUGCAGACCGGACUCAUACUCAAAGAUAUCACGCUGGAAGUUCGAGCUGGCGAGGUGAUGGCCAUACUGGGAUCAAAAGGCAGUGGUAAACGAGCACUUUUAGAAGUUAUUGCCAGACGAAGUAAGGGAUUGUCUCGCGGUCAAAUCCUUUUGGACGGGAGGCCUCUUACACAAGCUAUGUUUAACCAAUGUUGUGCAUAUGUUGGCCACCGAGCUGAUCUUGUCCCAUCGUUAUCUGUACAACAAACGCUACACUAUGCAGCAAAUUUAUCUAUCGGCUCACAAGUCAGUGGCUACGUUAAAGACUCUAGGGUGAGACAAGUGUUAGCAGACUUGGCCCUAAGUCAAGUUGCCAGACAUAGUGUAGAGGCAUUGACGGAAGGCGAGUACAGACGGUUAGUGAUCGGAACGCAAUUAGUCAAAGAUCCAGUAUUAUUAUUGCUGGACGAACCAACCGCUGGAUUGGACCCGUUGACUACGUACUUAGUCGUAUCUAUGGUCAGUAGCCACGCUAAGCGUAGAGGGAGAGCUGUAAUACUCACUAUGGAAAAACCAAGAUCGGACGUUUUUCCAUUUCUCGAACGCGUUGCUUACUUGUGUUUGGGUGACUUGGUUUACGCGGGACCUACUAGAAUGAUGCUGGACUAUUUCCGAGCAGUUGGAUUUCCGUGUCCAGAAAUGGAAAAUCCACUCAUGUACUAUCUGUGUUUGUCAACCGUGGAUCGACGAUCUCGUGAGCGGUUUGUCGAGUCCAAUGCACAAAUCGUAGCACUGGUGGAGAAGUUUAAAAUGGAAGGGGCGCCCUACAGAAAGUCGUCUGCAAUGUCUGUGCUGCUCGGGUCACCGCCCAGUGACCACCAACCCAACUCACAUCCGUAUCCAUAUUCGGCACAGGGGUCUUCGACCACACAAAUCGGAAUGACGUUGUACCAACGCCAGUUCGCGUCCACAUUUGGAUGUUCUUGGCAAGCUCUAUUCUACUUGUCAGCACGACUCAUCGCCAUGCCCAUCGCAUUCCUGUUGAUUUGGAUGUUCUAUCGCGAUAUUAAGGACUACCAGACGACAUUUAUGUCCCGCAGUGGUCUACUGUUGACGUGCAUAACGACGACUUAUUUGACUUCGAUAUUCACUACGGCGUACACAUUUGCUCCUCACAGGACACGGUACUAUCAGGAAAAUCAAGAUGGUACAUACAACGGACCACUUUUCCUAGUCAGUUAUUUCACUUUCUCGUUGCCGCUCGCUUUUCUAACCGUGUUUGGAUCGUCGGCCAUAUUGCACCACCUGAUGAAAUUUGACGACUGGACAGAAUUGAGUCUGUUCGCGGCCGUGCUGUUGAGCUGCUACCUAUUCGCCGAACAGUUGGUUGUUGCUGUGAUGGCCGUAUCCAGGAACCCUUACAACACCAGCGUAUUUUGUAUAUACAUCAUCAGCGUCAUGAUCGUGCUGGGCAGUGGAAUGCUAAGAUCUUACCGCGGCAUGUCGGAAUGGCUGUCGUGGGUGACGUACGCCACGCAGACCAGGUACGUCGGCGCCUAUCUGACGGCCCAGGCUUUCGACGGCCGCCAGCAGUACACCGGGUUGCCGCUGAGCGCGGCGCAGAACUGUUCCAUACCAGCGGCCGAGCCGUUCGCGUGCCGGUACCCGGACGGGGCCUCAUACGUCAACGAGCGAUAUCCGGCCACGGUGGCCGACCCGCAGAUCAAUCUGGUCGCUAGCUUCGUGUUCCCGGUGGCCGCCGCCGUGUUCAACGUCCUGCUGUACGUGGCCCCGCUGCCGUCUUACGUCAAGGCCAAGUUCAGAGAAUAAUCCAAGCUAACUGCACCGCCACCCUCCCACGACCGAGAGACACUACCCUCCCCCGAGGGUAGGUUUCGGUGGUCCGCUAUGCGCCCGAAACACGGCAGAGUGACGGGACAGAGUCGUCGACGUUACGGGCACCGACGUGUGCCGGAUGGCGGUUCCCCGUCAAAUGCCCUACAGUUUUUCUAUGUACACCAUCAUAUUUUUAAAUGUUGCGUACUCGUAUCUAUACCCCCAAGGAAUCAAAACAGAAUUACUGUGGUGUCUGAAAUAAAUUAUUGUAAUAUGUAGGUAUAUAGGAUACUACUAUUUACCUACUAAUGUCAACUAUACACACAAAGACUAAUAUUAAACAAACAAGAUUAUUCUUAGUGUAGUAGACGAUAUAUAGUUCCUGGCAGAAGAUGUAAAAUAAUAAUACAAUUUUCUGUUUGAAUGUUCUCCGUUAAUUUUUGUACUCAUUGCAUCAUUUGUAUUUAACGCGCUCGCAUCAUAUAUUUUAUCAUUGUUAAAUGAAUACAAUUUUUUAAAUAUAUAUAAAUAUAUUUUUUUAUAAUACAUAUACAUGUAAAUA